CUUUAGGACCCGUCUGCGCUCAGUCCUCCAGGGCUUUGUAUGUUUACAGUGAGAAUUGUAUGGCAGUGGCAGGAAUUUUCUAACAUCAAAUAUUUAAACAUAAUUUGCAUCGAUACAAAAGUCCCAAUGGAGACAGAGAUCCUGUGACACAGUUAUUUGGAUGGAGUCCUCGCGGAGCAUAGGGGGUCACUCCCGCGAGUACAAAUUGGUGAUGUUAGGAGAGGGAGGUGUGGGCAAAAGUGCCAUCAUCAUGCAGUUUAUAAGUCACAGAUUUCCAGAGGAUCAUGACCCCACUAUCGAGGAUGCAUAUAAAACACAGAUCCGCAUAGACGAUGAGCCAGCAAACCUGGACAUCUUGGACACAGCAGGACAGGCGGAGUUCACAGCCAUGCGUGAUCAGUACAUGCGAGCGGGUGAAGGCUUCAUCAUCUCAUACUCCAUCACGGACCGCCGCAGUUUCCAGGAGGCUCGGCACUUCAAGCAGCUGAUCUACCGCGUGCGGCGCACCGUCGACACCCCCGUCGUGCUGGUGGGGAACAAGUCUGACCUGGUCCAUCUCAGACAGGUGUCUGUAGAGGAGGGCAAACAGCUGGCGAGGGAGUUCCAGUGCCCCUUCUUCGAGACCUCGGCGGCGUUCCGCUAUUACAUCGAUGAGGUGUUCGCUGCACUGGUGCGUCAGAUCCGGCAGCGCGAGGCCGAGACGCUGCGAGGCAGCGAGAGGAAAACCAGACGCAGCCACUCCUUCUGGAGGCGCCUCAAAGCCCCCUUCCAUAAGAAACAGCAGUCCGAGCACUGAGAGAGGGGCAUGAUGGGAUACCGUGGCCUUCUCACCUGCAGCUCCCUCAGGUGGUUUGAGAACUGUCUUUAUAGUUUCUAUCUGACUGUCUCCCAAUCAUUUCAGUUAGACUAAACCCUCACCGUGCAGGACACACUCUCUGUCGUCAUUUGGGACGUGGGCUGAUUCACUGAUGUUAGAGAUUCAGAAAGAAAUAUACAACUCGACAUGUAUUUUUGGACACUUUAUACUUUGCGAAGGUGAAUUGUUGUUCCUCAUAUUUUAACGGAUGGGAAUGAAGAAGGAUUUGGUGCAUGUGUUUUUUGAAGUGAAGAGAGGUGUAGGGUCAGAGAUUUGCUAGUUGGAAUAAAAUGAAGGUGGAAUGAGUUCUUGAGAGCAUGUUGUGCAGAGUAGAAAGAAGGAAAAGAGAGCGAUGUGCUGCAGGAUGGGUAAAUCUGCGAGGGUUUAUGCUAGAAAUAUUAAUCUGCCAGAAUAAUGAGUACUGUGAAGCCUUCCUUCUGUUAGACACAUUUAAAAACCCUUGCUGUAGUUGAUUCAACAGCAACUCUGUUCUUUAGCUUCUUUUU